AACCCCUUACAGGACCAUCUACAGCUGUUCUUCUGGGCUGAAGGGAGAAGUAAACCGUCAUCAUGAGUGGGGAUGCAGAAAUGGAGUGUUUCGGCCCUGCGGCCAUAUUCCUCCGCAAACCAGAAAGAGAGCGAAUUGAAGCCCAGAAUGCUCCCUUUGAUGCUAAAACCGCCUACUUUGUGUCCGAGCCCAAAGAGAUGUACCUUAAGGGGAAACUCAGCAAGAAAGAGGGCGGCAAAGCCACUGUGGAGACUUUGUGUGGAAAGAGUAUCACUGUGAAGGAAGAUGAAAUCUUCCCCAUGAACCCUCCAAAGUUUGAUAAAAUUGAGGACAUGGCCAUGAUGACCCACCUCAAUGAGCCCGCUGUGCUGUAUAACCUCAAAGAGCGCUAUGCAGCAUGGAUGAUCUAUACCUACUCUGGGUUGUUCUGUGUCACUGUGAACCCCUACAAGUGGCUGCCAGUGUACGAUUCAGUGGUUGUUUCAGCAUACAGGGGGAAGAAGAGAAUUGAAGCUCCACCCCACAUCUUCUCCAUCUCUGAUAAUGCAUAUCAGUUCAUGCUCCAAGAUAGAGAAAACCAGUCAAUCCUGAUUACCGGAGAAUCUGGUGCAGGGAAGACUGUGAACACCAAACGUGUCAUCCAGUACUUUGCGACAAUCGCAGUAGCCUCUGGAAAGAAAGCUGAAAUAGCUUCAGGGAAAAUGCAGGGUUCACUGGAAGACCAGAUCAUUGCAGCCAACCCACUGUUGGAGGCUUAUGGUAAUGCCAAGACUGUGAGGAAUGACAAUUCUUCCCGUUUUGGAAAAUUCAUCAGAAUUCACUUUGGUUCAACUGGAAAGCUGGCUUCUGCUGAUAUUGAAACAUAUCUGCUGGAGAAGUCUCGAGUGACGUUCCAGCUGUCUGCUGAGAGGAGCUACCAUAUCUUCUAUCAGCUCACAACAGGCCACAAACCUGAGCUAAUAGAGGCUCUGCUGAUUACCACUAAUCCUUAUGACUAUCACAUGAUCAGUCAAGGUGAAAUCACUGUCAAAAGCAUCGACGACGUUGAAGAAUUCAUCGCUACUGAUACUGCGAUCGACAUCUUGGGAUUUACUGCAGAGGAAAAAAUCAGCAUGUACAAACUGACCGGAGCUGUGAUGCAUCAUGGAAACAUGAAGUUCAAGCAGAAGCAGCGUGAAGAGCAGGCCGAGCCUGAUGGCACAGAGGUUGCGGAUAAAAUCUCAUACCUCAUGGGCUUGAACUCUGCUGACUUGUUGAAGGCUCUUUGUUAUCCAAGAGUGAAAGUCGGUAAUGAGUUUGUUACCAAAGGCCAGACUGUCCCCCAGGUCAACAAUGGAGUGAGUGCUCUCUGCAAGUCUGUCUAUGAGAAGAUGUUCUUGUGGAUGGUCGUUAGAAUCAACGAGAUGUUGGACACCAGGCAGCCAAGGAACUUCUUUAUCGGUGUCUUGGACAUCGCUGGCUUUGAAAUCUUUGAUUUCAACAGCUUGGAACAGCUUUGCAUCAACUUCACCAAUGAAAAACUGCAACAGUUCUUCAACCAUCACAUGUUCGUCCUGGAGCAAGAAGAGUACAAGAAAGAGGGAAUUGAGUGGGUGUUCAUUGACUUUGGCAUGGACUUGGCUGCAUGCAUUGAGCUCAUCGAGAAGCCAAUGGGAAUCUUCUCCAUCCUUGAAGAGGAGUGUAUUGUUCCCAAGGCAACGGACAUGACCUUCAAGAGCAAACUGUAUGACCAACAUGUGGGGAAAAGUGCUCCCUUCCAGAAACCAAAGCCUGCUAAAGGCAAAGCUGAGGCUCAUUUCUCUCUAAUGCACUAUGCUGGCACUGUGGACUACAAUGUUCUUGGCUGGCUGGAAAAGAACAAGGACCCCCUGAAUGACACUGUGGUGCAGCUUUACCAGAAGUCUUCUUGCAAGCUUCUGGCUUUCCUGUAUGCAACCCAUGCCUCAGGAGAAGCAGAGGGUGGUGCCAAGAAAGGUGGCAAAAAGAAGGGAGGCUCCUUCCAAACAGUGUCUGCAUUGUUCAGGGAGAAUCUGGGCAAGCUGAUGACUAAUCUGAGGAGCACACAUCCACAUUUUGUGCGCUGCUUGAUUCCCAACGAAUCUAAGACUCCAGGUCUGAUGGAGAACUUCCUGGUCAUCCACCAACUCAGGUGCAAUGGCGUGCUAGAGGGUAUCAGGAUCUGCAGAAAAGGUUUCCCCAGCAGGAUCCUCUACGGGGACUUCAAGCAGAGAUACAAAGUAUUGAAUGCCAGUGUCAUCCCUGAGGGCCAGUUUAUCGACAACAAGAAGGCUUCUGAGAAACUCUUGGGCUCUAUUGAUGUUGACCAUACUCAGUACAAGUUUGGGCACACCAAGGUGUUCUUCAAGGCUGGCCUGCUGGGAGUUCUGGAGGAGAUGCGAGAUGACAAACUGGCAGAGCUGGUUACAAUGACUCAGGCUCUCUGCAGAGGAUUCGUCAUGAGGCGCGAGUUUAUCAAGAUGAUGGAGAGGCGAGAUGCCAUUUUCACCAUCCAGUACAACAUUCGCGCAUUCAUGAAUGUCAAAACCUGGCCAUGGAUGAAGCUGUACUUCAAGAUAAAACCUCUGCUGAAGAGUGCGGAGACAGAGAAGGAGAUGGCCCAAAUGAAAGAGGACUUUACCAAGACCAAAGAUGAUCUGACAAAAGCUUUGGCUAAAAAGAAAGAACUGGAGGAGAAGAUGGUUUCUCUGUUGCAGGAGAAGAAUGAUUUAUUGUUACAAGUGCAGUCUGAAGGUGAAAACCUGUCUGAUGCAGAGGAAAGGUGUGAGGGGCUCAUCAAAGCGAAAAUUCAGCUUGAGGCGAAGCUCAAAGAGACCAGUGAGAGACUGGAGGAUGAGGAAGAGAUAAAUGCUGAGCUGACUGCAAAGAAAAGGAAACUUGAGGACGAGUGCUCCGAGUUGAAGAAGGACAUUGAUGACUUGGAGCUGACUCUGGCCAAAGUGGAAAAGGAGAAACAUGCCACUGAAAACAAGGUCAAAAACCUUACAGAGGAAAUGGCCUCCCAAGAUGAGACCAUUGCUAAACUGACAAAAGAGAAAAAAGCCCUCCAAGAGGCACAUCAGCAAACCCUUGAUGAUCUGCAAGCAGAGGAAGAUAAAGUCAACACUCUGACCAAGGCCAAGACAAAGCUGGAACAGCAAGUAGAUGAUCUUGAAGGCUCUUUAGAGCAAGAAAAGAAGCUCCGUAUGGACCUUGAGCGAGCUAAAAGGAAGCUGGAAGGAGACCUAAAAUUGGCCCAGGAGUCUAUAAUGGAUCUGGAGAAUGACAAGCAGCAGUCUGAGGAGAAGAUUAAGAAAAAAGACUUUGAGAUAAGUCAACUCCUAGGCAAGAUUGAGGACGAGCAGUCUCUUGGAGUCCAGUUACAGAAAAAGAUAAAGGAGCUUCAGGCUCGUAUUGAGGAGCUGGAAGAAGAGAUUGAGGCUGAACGAGCCGCCCGGGCUAAGGUAGAGAAGCAGAGAGCUGAUCUCUCUAGGGAACUUGAGGAGAUCAGCGAGAGGCUGGAGGAAGCUGGAGGAGCCACUGCAGCUCAGAUCGAGAUGAACAAAAAGCGUGAGGCUGAGUUUCAGAAGCUGCGCCGUGACCUUGAAGAGGCCACCCUGCAGCAUGAGGCCACGGCUGCAGCUCUUCGCAAGAAGCAGGCUGAUAGCGUGGCGGAGCUGGGAGAGCAGAUCGAUAACCUCCAGAGAGUCAAACAGAAGUUGGAGAAAGAGAAAAGCGAAUACAAGAUGGAGAUCGAUGACCUCUCAAGCAACAUGGAGUCUAUUGCAAAAGCAAAGGGAAACCUGGAGAAGAUGUGCAGGACCUUGGAGGAUCAGCUGAGUGAAAUCAAAGCCAAGAAUGAGGAGAAUGUUCGUCAAUUGAAUGAUAUCAGUGCACAAAAAGCUCGACUCCAAACUGAAAAUGGGGAAUUUGCUCGACACCUGGAUGAGAAAGAAGCUCUUGUAUCCCAGCUGACCAGAGGCAAACAAGCUUACACUCAGCAGAUUGAAGAGCUGAAAAGGCACAUAGAAGAGGAAGUGAAGGCCAAGAACGCUCUGGCUCAUGCUGUUCAGUCGGCUCGUCAUGACUGUGAUCUGCUCAGAGAGCAGUAUGAGGAGGAGCAGGAGGCCAAAGCUGAACUGCAGCGCUCUAUGUCCAAGGCUAACAGCGAGGUGGCUCAGUGGAGAACCAAGUAUGAAACUGAUGCCAUUCAACGCACCGAGGAGCUGGAAGAGGCCAAGAAAAAGCUCGCCCAGCGUCUUCAGGAUGCUGAAGAGUCCAUCGAAGCUGUGAAUGCAAAGUGUGCCUCUCUGGAAAAGACCAAACAAAGACUGCAGGGUGAAGUGGAGGACUUGAUGAUCGACGUGGAGAGAGCUAAUGCUAUGGCAGCAAAUCUUGACAAAAAGCAGAGGAACUUUGACAAAGUCCUUGCAGAGUGGAAGCAAAAGUAUGAGGAGAGCCAGGCCGAGUUGGAGGGAGCUCUAAAAGAGGCUCGUUCACUGAGUACUGAGUUGUUCAAAAUGAAAAACUCAUAUGAAGAAGCUCUGGACCACCUGGAAACCCUGAAGAGGGAGAACAAGAACCUGCAACAGGAGAUCUCAGACUUGACUGAACAACUUGGUGAGACAGGAAAGGCAAUCCAUGAGCUAGAAAAAGGAAAAAAGAUUGUGGAAAGUGAGAAGUCUGAAAUACAGACAGCUUUGGAGGAAGCAGAGGCCACCCUAGAACAUGAGGAAUCUAAGAUUCUCCGUGUCCAGCUGGAGCUCACCCAGGUCAAGGGUGAAAUUGACAGAAAACUUGCAGAGAAGGACGAGGAGAUCGAGCAGAUCAAGAGGAACAGCCAGAGGGUGAUUGAGUCCAUGCAGAGUACUCUAGAUGCUGAGGUCAGGAGCAGGAACGAUGCCCUGAGAAUCAAGAAGAAGAUGGAGGGAGACCUCAAUGAGAUGGAGAUACAGCUGAGCCACGCCAACCGGCAGGCGGCUGAAGCCCAGAAACAGCUGAGAAAUGUGCAGGGACAGCUUAAGGACGCCCAGCUUCAUCUUGACGAGGCCCUCAGAGGCCAGGAUGACAUGAGAGAGCAGGUUGCGAUGGUGGAGCGCAGGAACAACCUGAUGACUGCUGAGAUUGAGGAGUUGAGAGCUGCUCUGGAGCAGACAGAGAGAAGCCGCAAAAUUGCAGAACAAGAGCUGGUUGAUGCCAGUGAGCGUGUUGCACUGCUGCACUCUCAGAAUACCAGCCUCAUCAACACCAAGAAGAAGCUGGAGGCUGACCUUGUUCAGAUCCAAGGUGAGGUGGAGGAUUCUGUUCAGGAGGCAAGAAAUGCUGAAGAAAAGGCCAAGAAAGCCAUCACUGAUGCUGCCAUGAUGGCAGAAGAGCUGAAGAAGGAGCAAGACACUAGCGCUCAUUUAGAGAGGAUGAAGAAGAACCUGGAGAUCACAGUGAAGGACCUGCAGCACCGUCUGGAUGAAGCUGAAAAUCUGGCCAUGAAAGGAGGCAAGAAGCAGCUCCAGAAACUGGAAGCUAGGGUGCGUGAGCUUGAGGGGGAAGUUGAAAAUGAGCAGCGACGGGGAGCCGAGGCCAUCAAAGGUGUUCGCAAAUAUGAGAGAAGAGUGAAAGAGCUUACCUAUCAGACUGAGGAAGACAAGAAGAAUAUUGUCAGGCUGCAGGAUCUGGUGGAUAAGCUGCAGCUGAAAGUGAAAGCAUAUAAGAGACAGGCUGAGGAAGCUGAAGAACAGGCCAACACUCACAUGUCCAGGCUGAGGAAGGUGCAGCAUGAAAUGGAGGAAGCUCAGGAGCGCGCUGACAUUGCUGAGUCCCAGGUCAACAAGCUGAGGGCCAAGAGUCGAGAGAUUGGAAAAGCCAAGGAGUCUGAAGAAUAAGAUAAAGCCCUUAAGGGAGACCGAAUGAGAAUCAUACAAUAUGAUUUUUCAUUAAAAUGCUCUCAUUACAUGUUCAACAGUAAAUAAAUUAUUCAACAAA